AUGAAACACGGUCCUUUGGCAUUGAUCGAUGAAAUUCUCCCGAUUGUUGUUAUAGCUACACACAAUGCUUGCUUCAGCGAACGGCAGUCUGUUAUUCAGCAACUUCAUGCCCGUAGAGGUCGUCUGAUAGUUAUGUGUUCAGAAGGGGAUGCUGCUUCCGUAUGCCCUGGUAAUUCUUGUAGGACAAUUGAAGUUCCACUGGUUGAGGACUGUCUUCAGCCUAUUAUUAAUGUAGUUUCAUUACAGUUACUGGCAUAUCAUCUUAGUGUACUGAGGGGAUUUAAUGUCGACCAGCCUCGGAAUCUUGCUAAGAGUGUUACUACGCAGUAA